AUGAACUUCCCGAAUAUUUCAAAAAUGAUGGGAAGCCCCCCUCCUGUAGGGGUAGGAAGCAAACAGAACUUAGGGGAUGAGAAAACAGGAGAAUAUAUAACAGGAAAUUUCGAUCCCACAGCCCUGGAAAGAGGAGCGAAGGCCUUGAAGGAGCUUGACCAAUCCUCAAAUUCGAAAAAAGCUUUUGAAUUGAUAAAAUUACAAGAACUGACGAAACAAAAGGAAUAUGAAAAACAAAUGGAAGAAUUGUCCCUACAACGGGCACAAUAUCUUAGCAACAAAACAAGAAUUGAAAAUGAAGAAAAAAGGAAAACUAUCAAUUAUCAACAGGAGCAAGAGAGAAUUACAGCUGAGUAUAAAACUAGACUAGAAGCAGAAGCAUACCAGAAGAAACUACUAGAUCAACAAAAACAAAAUGAAGAAUGGUUACGGAAUCAACAUGAACAAUACUUAAGACAAGAGAAUAUUCGAAAAAGGAACGAAUUGGAAUUGUUAAAUUUAAAAAUGAAACAAAUAAGAGAAGAGAAAUCUUUGGAAAGAGAAAAUAUGAAGGCAAAAAUACAGGAAGAAAAUAAGGGUCUCAUAGAAAGAGAAAGAAAGAAUUUAGACAUACAUUUGAAAACGUUAAAAAUAAAAGCAGAUGAAGAAAGGAAAACCAAAUUAGAAAGUAUAAAUAAAUAUUUUGAACAAUUUAAUAAUUCCAUGUUUAUAUUUCUGAACGAUAAGGAAAAAUUAUAUAGAUUUGCAUUAGUAGUUACUCUUACGUCUGUAGGUAUAUACACAACGAAACAUACAACUAGAUUAAUUAGAUCCUAUGCUGAAACAAAAUUAGGAAAACCAAAAUUGAUUCGAGAAACAUCACUUUGGCAUAUUAAUAAAUUUUUUGAUAUAUUUAAUGUGAAAAAAAAUUUUCAUAUUUUAAAAAAAAUUCUAAAAAACAAAAAUAAAAAAAGUACCAAUUUUUUUGAAAAUAUAGUAUUAAAUGAAGAAUUGCAAGAAAAAUUAACUUGGUCUAUAAAUAGCUUAACGAAUUCGAAAAAGUAUGAUCUUUAUUUGAAGAAUAUAUUAUUACAUGGUCCUCCAGGUACAGGAAAAACAUUAUUUGCGAAAACUUUGUCUCAUUUUAGCAAUUUUGAUUAUAUAAUAAUAAAUGGGGGGGAUGUAAGUGCAUUAGGAGUACAUGCAUCUGUAGAAUUAAAUAAAAUAUUCGAUUUUGUUAAACGAAGAAAAAAUAAAAAAUGCGUGAUCUUUUUCGACGAAGCAGAAGCAUUUCUAAGAAGAGGAAGAAAUGAAACAUCAGCACAUUUCUCUGAAAGUCUUCGAAAUGCGUUAGCUACAUUUCUUUAUCAUACAGGAACAGAAUCAAAAAAGUUUUGCAUCAUUUUAGCCACCAAUUGUAGGAAUAUCUUAGAUCCGGCUGUAAUUGAUCGAAUAGAUGAACAGUACAAUUUCGAUUUCCCACAAAUCAACGAAAUUAAGAAAAUGCUUUCGCUUUAUUUUAAUAAAUAUGUUUUUCCUUUAAAGAAAUAUGACAUACUUAUAGAUUCUUCUAUAGAUUCUAUCUACCUGGACGUUUUAGCUAGUAGAUUGGUCGGCUUGUCAGGUAGACAAAUUUCCAAACUAUGUUUAAACAUACAGAACUGUGUCUUCGGUAGUAAUUCUAAAGUUGUUUCGAAGGAUCUCAUUGAUUUAAUCGUUAGUUGGAAUUUAAGCAAUUCUUUUGAAAAUGACGAGAAAAUGGAGAUGAAAAGGACUAUUGUUACAUCUAAUUCUUACGAUUCUUCGGAUGGUACUUCCUCAACUUCGAGGAGUCACGGGAAAUCAAACACAUGCGCUGAAGAUAAAGAGAGGGGGAGGGAGAAUAUGACACGGAACAACACACAUACCACAACAAACAUGACGACUCAGCUGAAUGAUGAUGAAGAUGGGGAUUCAAAAGAAUUAAAUUCAUUUAAGAAUAAAUCCAAAAUAGUAAUGUAA